AUGAGCGAGCACAAGAAGCUCAUGCGCAUGACCGCGCGCGCGUUCUACGCCACGUCGUACGCGAAAGAGCGCCUGAACGCGCAAACGAGCGUCGACGCGCGUGCGGGGGCGAACGUCAAGAAUGUGAACGUCGACGGCGUUGGGGCGACGCCGAGCGCGACCAAGGCGCCGGUGGUGGAUAAGAAGACCAAGCUGGAUGACCCGCGCGUCGUCGAGGUGGUCGUGGACGCGCUGACGCGACGGACGUGGGUGCGAGAGGACGAUUUAGCGAGCGAUCUGAAGCUGAGUUACAAGCAGACGAGAAAGCUGCUGACGUACUUGGAGCGGGAGAAGAUUGUGAACCGAGCGCACGUGCGAGAGAAGGAUCGAUUACGAGCGCAGGCGCUGGCGGAGCGGGGGAUCACGGACGCGCCGGAAGUGAAGCGGACGGUGAGCUGGUGCUCGUUGAACUAUGGACGCGCGCUCGACGUGACGAGGUACAGGCUGCAUAUGAUGAAGAAGCAGGCUCGGCAGGCGGUGGAUAAGGGAAAAGUGUACGAAGUGUACGUGUGCGUCGGUCCGAGGGAGUUCUGUGGGAAAAUGUACUCGAGCCUGGACGCGGCGGCGCUCUUGGAUCCAACUGAGUUGAUUUUUAAGUGCUCCAAUUGCGGGUGCGAGGUGAAGCAGGCGGGGAAGGACGGCGCUCCCGAGCCCGAAGGCGUGGCCAGAGAAACAAAAGAGGUUCUGCAAAAACGUUACAAUGAGCUUGAGCGACAAUUCAAACCGCUCGAGGCCCAGUUGGCCAAGGCCAUGAAGACGCCAGCGCCGUUGUACGGAACACUCACGGAGUGGGCAGUGGCUAGAAAGCGGUACGCGCAGAAUAAGGGUGGCGGCGGCGGUGGCAGUGGCGCGGGAAAGCGCGGCGGCGCGGCGCUCGACGUGCACUUGGAGGAGACGAAGUUCGUUGUUGAGCUCGGCUCCACAGCGGAGGAGCAGCAAAAACAGGCGGAGCUCGAUGCCAUCAAAGUGCAACCAGAGUGGGUGACGCGAAACACAUUCGAGAAAGAGGACGCGGCGCACGAAAACGCGGGUGAAAAGCAAGGUAACGGUGAGCACGCAACACCCAGCGCUGCGUCAGAGAUGCAAGAGCAGUAUUUGAAAGCUCUCCUAUCGGCGCUGCAAAAGCAACAAGAGCCUAAACUGGAAGAGGCUGCCACGGAAGUCGCUCAGGAGGUCGUUGCUGCCGUGGACGAUCUGUUCGAUGAGUGGGAAGACGUUGCGUGA